GCACCACCUUCGAACACGAACACCCGAUACUGGCACAAUACAACCAGUUAUAAAAUCAAACGAAACUUAUCAAAACUAAAUAAAAACGUGAAAAAAUAAUCGUCAUUUUAUACAAUUUCAAAUUUCGAAAUGGACCGCCAUUUUAAUUUUAACGACUCCGAACAGCCGUUCCUUUUUUUAAAAUAAAAUGGAAUUCAAAUUCAAAUCUGUGCUGCCAGUUACUGUAAAAUAAAGUGUGUACUAUUUUUCAAAUAAAAAUGAUUCGUUUAUUAGUGUUGUUGCUGCAAAUGACUCUAGUUUUAUCGGCGAGGGAGCCUAAGCAAAUUACUUUAGCAAAUCAAGGGACGAUAUCGGGAAUGUAUAUUACGAGAUUCCGGACGAAAAGAAUAGCGGCGUACGUUGGAAUACCUUACGCGCAGCCCCCAAUUGAGUUCAGAAGGUUUUUGCCCCCUGAAUAUACAUCUUUGCCUCAGUGGGAAGGUGUGAGAAAUGCUACCAUAUUUGCCCCGGACUGUAUGCAAAGUGACCCUAAGAAGGAAGAUGUGCAGUACCCUUUGAAGAAACAUGAUGAUUUGUUCAUGAAGCUUCUGGAAUCUCAGAUGGAGGAUAAGAGGAAGAAGGAAUACUCUGAGGAUUGUCUGUUUUUGAACGUGUAUGUGCCUGACGAUUUCAAAGUGGAAGGCUACCCAGUCAUCGUUUGGUUCCACGGCGGGGACUUCGUUCGAGGCAGUCCCAACAGCGUCAAUCCCUUCCAAAUGGUGCUAAAACAAAGGAUUAUAUUCGUGUCCGUGGCAUACCGCCUCAACAUAUUCGGAUUCUUCUCAACACUUGACAACGAGGCUUCUGGCAACUUUGGACUUCUCGACCAAGUGGCCUCUCUGACAUGGGUGAAGAACAAUAUAGAAAGCUUCGGAGGAGACCCCGAAAAUGUUUGCAUCAUGGGUCAUGACGCUGGAGCUGUUAGCGUCACCCUCCAUUUAAUAUCCUCCUACUCUGCCGGACUCUUUCAAAAGGCCAUUGCAAUGAGUGGCAAUGCAUUAUCAUCAGACUCUGUCAAUAUAGCAAGAAAAGAAAAAGUGACAGUCGACAAAGUCGCAGUAGCCUUCAGUUGUUUCCGAAAUCCAACUUACCAAUUACUUGAUUGUUUAAGAAGAGUACCCGAUCAAGCACUUCUAGAUAUCGCAGGGCCACUGGCUGAAUGGAAACCUAUUGUAGAUGGCGGUUUCAGUAACAUUACUAGUCCUUUCCUACCAGAAAUGCCCGCAGUCUCUUUCAAGGAGGAAGUAUUUUCACCAGUACCACUCUUAGCAGGCUACACGAAUAUGGAAGAUGGCUUAUUAUUAGAAAAAGAUGAAAAUGGAGAUUCUGGUAUCAGUCAAAGAGAAUUCGAUUCUAUGAGAGAAGAGAUUAUCCUUUCUGAUAUCACUAUUGACAACAGUUCGUGUUUCACCAAUCAGCAUCACAUACAAGAUGCAGUUGCGUUCUUUUAUAAACCCAUACCCCAUACUACAAAUGAAACGGUUUUAAGAAAGCUUUUUGUGGACUUUUACACGGAUAAAACUCACGGCGCCACGACGUAUCAGCUAGCAAGACAUAUUUGCCCGCACGCGCCCGUUUUUCUUUACCGAUUCGAUCUCAAACCCUUCUCGGACAUAGCUAAUGAAGGUCUGCCAGAUUGGAUCGGCGUUCCGCACAAUUUCGAUUUGAUUUACACUUUUGGGAUGCCCUAUUUAGCACUACCUGAGGAUCUUAGUAAAUGGGACUAUAGAGACAAAAGCAUCUCGGAAAUCAUAAUGCGAAUGUGGUCCAAUUUUGCUUGGUACUCAAACCCUACUAAUUCAGGGGUAAUUAUAGAUUGGCAAUCUUAUGAAUUAGAACGGCCAGGUUAUUUGAUCAUUGACAGAGCAAAUUUUACAAUGAGCACCCCGGCAACGGUUAAUUACAAAGCUUUUGAGUUUUGGACGGACUUUUACCCAAAAGUUGUUGAAAUUGGGACAAAGUGUUGCAAGGAAAUAUCGGAUGAUUCAGGCGCGAGUUCCAUUUUCUCAUACAGAAAUGUACACAGUAUAUUAUUGUUUUAUUCUAGUUUAUUUCUACUGUCAUAACGAAGGAAGGAAUGUUAAAUCACGAUUAUUUUUGUAUAGUCUAUUGAAAGAUGUAUUUUAAGUAAAGUAGUAUUAAAAUCUGUACCAAAUGAAAUAUUUACCUUCCAGAGUAAC